AUGGAAUGUCCCGGUAUAUCUAAUGUUAAGAAUAUUGAUUCUAAUGAUGAGCAAGAAUCCAAGAAUAACUGCGAUGGGAGAUUUGAAGAUAUUUUUAAUGUUGAACACGUAGACCGCGUUAAAACAAAAAUUACAACUGUAAAUAUUGAAAGGGAAAAUGGAAAUUUAGGUAUUACUUUAAGGGGAGGAUUUCAUCAAAAUUCUGAUUUAUCCCGACCGGUCACAAUAACGUAUGUUAAGCCUGAUGGUCCAGCUGCAAAACAAGGCACGAUUAAACCUGGAGACAGACUUUUAGCUGUUGAUGGAGUGUCUCUCCAAGGAAGCACUUUAAAUGAUGCUCAAACUUUACUACUUCAACCUUCUGCUACGGCAUUAUUAACAAUUGAAUACGAUGUUAAUGUUUUGGAUAGUGUGGAACAUGCUUAUGGACCUUUACUUGUAGAAAUAGAAAAAUCAUAUCAACAGCAAUUGGGUUUAACUCUUUUACAAAACGAAAGUGGAAUUUUUAUCGAGAGAGUAAAAUUAGGAAGUUUGGCCGAUAGAUGUGGAGCAUUACAUGUCGGAGAUAAAAUUUUAGCAGUUAAUGCUACUCGAAUUCACGGAUCUUGCAUUGAACUUGAGGAUGUAACAAAAAUUUUAGAACAAGAAUAUCCGGUGAUUCGUCUUGAAAUUCUUCCUGUUUAUGCUGCAUCCAGCAAUUCUAAUCAUGGAAUAUGGAAAACCAAAGAUUUUUUCGGGUCGACGGUAUCUGGAGUGAGUACAUUGAAAAACAAUUCAAACAGAAAAAAAGACUUUAAAAAAGAAGAGAAAGAUACGGAUUCAGAUUUUAAAAUUCAUUUGGGAAAUUUAUAUGGUGUUACCAGGGGUGAAAUAGCUUUGACGCAUGCCGAAACAAUUCACACGACUUUAACAAGAGAAAAUGGAUCUUUUGGAUUAUUUGUUAUUGAUUCACCUGAAGGAAGCAUAAUUAUCAGUUCCAUAUUUUUAAAUAGUCCAGCGGAAAGAUGUCAAAGUCUGUGUCCGGGAGAUAGAAUUUUAGCCGUUAAUCACAGAAGUGUAAUUUUGGAUAACUUAACCGCAAACGAUGUAAAUAAUCUUUUAGAAACUAAACCUGAUGGUUCUCCUUGCUAUCGAAUUAAUUUACUCACGGAAUUUGAUGUUUUGGAUACGGUUGUGCCAUCAAGUGGAAUUUUUUUGGUUAAAUUAGUCAAACGUGGAUGUGCAGAACUUGGAAUCACAAUGAUGGCUUCAAAAUCCUCAGGUUUCAUAGUUUGUGAAAUAAAAAAAGGUUCUCUUGCCUAUAGAGCCGGUUCGUUAAUACCAGGAGAUAGAAUUUUGGCAAUAAAUAGUAUUCCAUUGGAUGAAUGCUCUAUAGAAUAUGCAAUACACAUUUUUAAUCAAAGUACAAAUAUAGUGACAUUAAAAGUGCAGAGGAAUGAUUCUAAUCGAGAUUUCAGGAACUACAACAGAAAAAUUACUUAUACAGUUGAUCUUCAGAGGUAUGGCGGUCCUUUGGGAAUUACAAUUGCAGGUUCAGAAGAACUUUCUUAUCCCAUUACUGUGUCUGGAUUAACAGCUGGAGGUCUAGCAGAGCAGACAGGUGUUAUUCACGUUGGAGACGAAAUUCUGGCUAUUAAUAAUCAUUCGUUGUAUGGAGAACCAUUAUCUAAAGCUCACAGUUUAUUGAAUACCUCUUCAGAUUUGGUGUCGCUGAAACUUUCUAGACCUUUAAUACCAAUGUGCAGAUUAUCCGAUAACAGAAGUCCAAUUUUACCCCCGUCAAUUGAUAGUGCUGUAGAAUCUUGGGAUAGUUCACAUUUGGAUUUGGCGCCAAGUCCAGAACAACAAAAACCUACAAAAGAUAUUCGAGGAAAAAGAAACCCUAGUGCCACAACUACACAAAUGUGUCCGAUAAUGUCGGACAUGACUUCUUCAAAAGAAGAAAAAGAAAAUUCGGAUGCCGAUUUUGUUUUAAAUUUAGAAAACAGUAAUGAUUCGGAUUUGGCGAUAUUGGAUGAAAUAACAUCGGAAAAUUUAAAAAUAAAACGUGAAUUAGAUAUUUUAUCGAUAAAGUUAGAUGAACAAAGGAAAUCAAAAGUGAAUCAAAGUGAAAAUAAAUUAAACUCACCUCAAAUAAAUAGUAUUUUAAAUACGGACGUUGAAAAUUCAGAUUUUUUUUUUGAAACAUUUCCCAGAACGCAUAGUAAAAGUUUAACUAAAUUUCCUAGUGGUAAAAAAAAAUUAAACAAUGGCGAUGUUUAUAAAGAUUCGUCUACGUGUAGUAUCGCAGAAAAACACCAAGAAGAAUUAAGUUCGUUUUGUACAAAUAAUUUUGAUGAAAAUUUUGGCAGUUAUGAAUCGGAAAUGAGGAAAACAUGCGAAAGUCAAGCAUUUGAGUUGAAUCAUAAUCAAGAUUCCGAAAAAUGCGAAUUUCAAUCAUCUCAGUUAUAUGAAGUAACAUUACAUAAGGAUCCCGUUUAUGAAGAUUUCGGUUUUAGUGUUUCUGAUGGGCUUUAUGAAAGAGGAGUUUUUAUUAAUAGAAUAAGAAAAAGUGGGCCGGCAGACUUAAGUAAUGUAUUAAAACCCUAUGAUAGAAUUUUGCAGGUUAAUAACACCUACACACAAGACUUUGAUUGCUGUUUAACAGUUCCCUUGAUUGCUUCUGCUGGAAACACUUUAAAUCUAUUGGUAGCAAGAAAUCCUGAAAAGAAUGAUUCAGAUACUAUUUUAAACUGUGAAAAAUUUCAAAAAAAAGAAUUAUCUACUGCUACAAAUUUAAUAAAUUCUAACAACGAAGAAGGAGUGCGAAGAAUUGUAGUUUAA